ACAUUUUAAACUUAUAAUCUACAAACUUUUAGUUUUCUUUCCAAACAUUCAAAUACGCAUACAAGGAAAUAAAAUUGCGUUUAGCGUUGAACCUAUUUUUUCAAAUUUUAUCUUGAAAUUGUAUAUACAAAUAUUUAGUAAUAUACGAUUACAAAAAAAAAAACACAGCUCAUGUAUUGUACAUAUCCAUUCAUAUCUGUAAGAGUCGAUAAUUUUACCCGUAUUUUGAUAACAUUGCGAAUAUCGUUUUAUCGCUGUGGCACAUUGGUAAAUAACUGCGCGCCAACAAAAUCUUCAUUUAUUCACCUCAACUGCUCUAUACGAUUUCGUUCUGCAAUCAUUUCAUUUAUCCUGAGCAUAAUAAUAAGGACACAAUGGGAAUUUUGGGAUUAGCGAAAUUGAUAGCAGAUAUUGCACCAUCCGCAAUAAAGGAAAAUGAAAUCAAAAAUUACUUUGGACGUAAAGUUGCUAUAGAUGCAUCGAUGUGUCUCUAUCAGUUUUUAAUAGCCGUUCGUUCUGAUGGUGCGCAACUAACAACAGUGGAUGGCGAACCUACGUCACAUUUAAUGGGCAUGUUUUAUCGAACUAUACGUAUGUUGGAGCAUGGCAUUAAGCCGGUAUAUGUGUUUGACGGUAAGCCACCAGAUCUAAAAUCAGGUGAAUUGGCUAAACGCGCUGAACGCCGUGAAGAAGCACAAAAGGCCUUGGAGAAAGCGGAAGAAGCCGGCAAUGCAGAAGAGGUGGAAAAAUUCAAUCGCCGUUUGGUGCGAGUAACUAAAGAGCAUGCGCGUGAAGCGCAGGAACUGCUUAAACUAAUGGGUGUGCCAUAUGUAGAGGCACCCUGUGAGGCGGAAGCGCAAUGUGCGGCAUUAGUCAAGGCGGGCAAAGUGUAUGGCACCGCUACAGAGGAUAUGGAUGCGCUUACUUUUGGAUCAAAUGUGCUGUUGCGUCAUUUGACUUUUAGCGAGGCGCGAAAAAUGCCAGUCAAAGAGUUUAGUUAUGAAAAAGUGCUACAAGGUUUUGAAUUGACCAGCACUGAGUUCAUAGAUCUCUGCAUACUGCUUGGUUGUGAUUACUGCGAAGGCAUAAAAGGUAUUGGACCAAAGCGUGCAAUUGAAUUAAUUAAUACUUAUCGUGAUAUUGAGACAAUACUCAAAAAUAUUGAUCAAAAGAAAUAUACUGUGGCAGAAGACUGGAAUUAUCAAGUUGCGCGUGAGCUGUUUAUAAAACCCAAUGUAACAGAUCCUCUAACAAUUGAGCUCAAAUGGACUGAACCAGAUGAAGAAGGUCUGGUUAAAUUUCUCUGUGGCGAUCGACAAUUCAAUGAGGAUCGUGUACGCUCGGGCGCAAAGAAAAUACAAAAAUCAAAGAAUACACAAACGCAAGGACGUUUGGAUAGUUUUUUUAAGGCUAUACCGUCUGCGAAUAAACCCACACCUAAGCGCAAAACAGAGGAUGAUAAAAAGACUGCCAAUAAGAAAGCAAAGACAGGUGGCGCCGCUCGUGGCAGACGACCAAAGUAAGAGUUAAAAUUGUAGUGAGUUGAAUAUAAUAACUGACUAUAAAUAGCUAAUAAGCGUGUUUAGUAAACUAAGUAUAUUUAAAAAAAAAAUGGCGUUCCAUGUUAAAAUUAAAACAAUAUUGUUAAAAUGAUUUAUUAAGUCUAAUAUUUUUUUAUUUGUUUACUAAUUAGUGAUAACACCUGUUAUAUCAUUGAAAGUUGUCUCAAAAACAGUUUAUUUAUUAUAAUAUUUUAAAACUUAUUUCUAACUAUUUGAUAUUACAACAAUAUUUUACAAUUAAGUCUGAAUCUUUUGUAUCGUCGUAGAAAACUGCUUACAACUACAAGUACGGCUAGGGCUUAAAUUUAUUACAUAUGUUUCGUAAGUAUGUAAUAAAAUAAAAGUUGUAGACAAUUA